AUCCGGACCGUGAUUUUCACCCCCUCUCCUCAAAACCCACCUUCGUCCUCUGAUUUUCUAGGGUUUUGAAGACCGAACUACCUCCUCCAAAACCCCCUUUCUCGGUUUCUCUCUCUCAACAGCUGUGAACAUGAGCAGAUCAGGCCAGCCUCCGGAUCUCAAGAAAUACAUGGAUAAGAAGCUUCAAAUCAAGCUGAAUGCAAACCGGAUGGUGGUUGGAACUCUUCGUGGGUUUGACCAGUUCAUGAACCUGGUGGUGGACAACACUGUGGAAGUGAAUGGAAAUGAGAAAACUGAUAUAGGCAUGGUGGUUAUUAGAGGAAAUAGUGUGGUUACUGUUGAAGCUCUUGAGCCAGUAAGCCGGAUGCAGUGAAUUGAUUUUUGUAUCAAUGCCUAAUGCUGUAUCUACAGGCAUGUUUUCCUUAUUUGGAUAAUGUGGUUUGUUGUAAUGUGAAGGAAAAUGUUCUAGUUGUGGAUUUAAAGGUGGGUGAGUGAAUGUUUCUACAUUUGUGGAUUCAAAAUUCUCAGUAGUUUAAUGAAAUGGACAAUUUAUAUUGAUAUUGACA